AUGUCUAUUGGUAGGCGGGACUUCGAUGCGAACCGGUCAAUCCGUCAAGAUGACACCGCAGAAGACGGUGACAAUGAGCGUUUCCGAAGUAGGAGUAGGGGUCUAGAACGAUCACCUACUGGAUCGCUUCGCUCGCGACUAUCCAUCUCUAGCGAGGAUGGACUGUUAAGCAAUGUGGUUGAUGGUAUUCUUGAGCGGGAUCGGCGGCAAUUACACAAAGAAGUUAUUCGAAUCACUAGUUUUGUCUGGGGUGUCAUUACCUGUCUGGGCGCAGGUAGUAUAACCGCAUUUUCUCUAUACGGGCAUCUACUGCUUACACGUCUCCGUUACACUCAACUUCGCGUUAAUGGUGUUUCGAUCGCGGCUGCGGUGUCAAUGUACUUGUUCGUUCCGUUGUUCGGGUACCUGUGCGAUCGAUACAGCCCGUCACCCUUGGCAUUGGGCUCGGCAGUGCUGUUUGGGAUUGGAUACAUUCUUGCUGCAUUCACGUACAAGAGUGGUCCACCUCCAGAUGCUGGUGGCUCUGGGUGGCCCUUCUGGGUGAUGAUAGUGGCCUUCAUUGCUAUCGGCAUGGCUACUAGUUGUAUGUAUCUCGGCGCCGUGGCGACGUGCGCGAAGAAUUAUGGCCGGGGAAAGCACAAGGGAAUUAUGCUUGCAAUUCCAAUUGCUGCAUUUGGUCUUAGUGGUAUGUGGCAGAGCCAGGUGGCGACCUAUCUGCUGUGUGAGCGUAAUGUCGACGGCUCUCGGGGCGAUGUCGAUGUGUUCCGAUACUUUUUUUUCCUCGGUCUUCUGCUCAUUAUCAUUGGGGUGAUAGGCACCUUCCUGCUUCGGAUUGUCGACGAUGACGAGGAAGAACAAUACAUUGAUGAAACUGUGGAGGAUCUUGAGCGCAGCGGGCUGCUGGAAGAAAGCGAAUUCUUCCGGCCUCGGAACGAAGUGAGAGAUGCGGCUGAGUAUGGUACCUUUACUGCCGAUAGCAACGAUGAGGAAUCGGUGACUCUGUCUGAGGCCGAGCAAGCAGAGCAGCGGCGUGAAAAGGAGCGCGAAGAGGAGGAGCGCCGGAAGAAGAACUGGCUGCUUAACUAUGAAACCCGCGUGUUUCUUCAAGAUCCCACCAUGUGGUGGCUGGCCUUGGGAUUCUUCCUGGUCACCGGACCUGGCGAGUCUUACAUCAACAAUCUUGGUACCAUCAUCCCAACUCUAACCCCAAGCUCCUAUCUGUCGACAGCGCCUCCACCAGCCGGUUUACCAUCAACACAUGUCACCACGAUUGCAUUAACAUCAACGAUCGCCCGACUCCUCACAGGCUCCCUUUCAGAUUUCUUUGCCCCAGUAGCAACACAUUUGUUCCCACCAAUCCCCGAAAACAGGCGCCGGCCCACAACAGGAUUUACCCGGCCAACCAAAUUUCUGACUCUUUCGCGAAUGGUGUUCCUCAUCCCAUCAGCAAUUCUCCUCUCAACCGGCUAUCUCCUCCUCGCCUCUCCAUUAACUCAAGAGGAGCCGCCUCUAUUUCAUCUCACCACUGCGCUUGUCGGCUUCGGCUACGGUAGUUCUUUCUCACUCGUGCCUAUCAUCAUAUCUGUUGUGUGGGGAGUGGAGAACUUUGCGACAAACUGGGGCAUUGUUGCCAUGGUACCUGCCAUCGGCGCUGCACUUUGGGGCGUCAUUUACUCGGCCGCUUACCAAAGUGCUUUGGAUAGUAGUCCGGACGCAGGCUCGCCGGAUGGUCAGUGCCAUGGCUGGCGGUGCUAUGGUCUUUGGGCUGUUGGCUGCACUGUCAGUGUGUGGAUUGCUAUAAUUGCCUGGUUUGUUGCGUGGAGAGGCUGGAGGAAGCGAGGUGUUGUUGUGUAG